AUGGUUGAAGAAGAAACCUCGCCAACACAUCUCAGUUUUAUUGAAAAACUAGCUGGGUUUGAAUCCUGCAAGGAUGGUCGAUUGAAAUUUGAUCCAAUGUCUCAAGGUUCUCCUUAUCAAAACAAAGGAAAAAAUAUGUAUUCAGAAACUGCAUUCGACAAUUAUCGACCAAGUCAAGACAUACUUACCAAGAAUCUUCAUGAUAAGCCCUCGAUAUCCUCGAAAUUGGACGAAAUUGAUGUUGAAAUCACCGAACGUGAAAUAAAUGAGCAUGAGAGAUUCGGUCUUAAGCGUUUGCCUAAAUCAAAGCGGUUUCAAGAUUUCAUCAACUUUCGCCGAAUUUCUCGCCAAGAGCCCUCAAACCAGGCAACCUAUAAAUCCACUGCACAAGUCCUGAACGCUGACGCACCCCCUAAGAAAUCUACAACUAAAUUCAAAUCUCUAUACGAUGGAAAGAGAAGCCCCAAAGCUUCAUUAACUUUUAGAAAGAAGUCACCGAAACUUGAUUCAUCAGCAAAAAGAAUCAUUAGUGCUCCCCUACGCAGCUCUUCUCAUUUGUCACAAAAUGACAACGAAGAGGUUCAUUCGCGGAGCGUCAGUAGUAAUACUAACUCAAUGAAAAGAGGAUUAGAUGGUAUUGAUGAUAUCCAACCCUCAAAAAAACGGAAUGUUACACCAGAGCCUCGUUUAGUUGUGUCGAAUUUCCCGAAUGAAAUUUAUCCAUCUGGUACUUUGAGUUUGUCUGCUCGACGAAGGAUACAAAAGCAAGUUUCAGGAGCUAAUGUUCGUGCCAGAAUAGACCUUGCUAAACGCCGUAACGAAGAGAGAAAAGAGACGACUCCUGAGGAGAAUCAAAAUGAUCUUGAUGUGGUAAAUAGUCGACCUGAUCAAAUUUCCAACAUUGUCACGGAGAAAGUGAAUCAAAUAAGAGACGUGUUUACAAAACUCGCCUCCAGAAAUCAGCCCAAUGAACCCACAAAACCUGCCGAAACCGAGAUUUUCCAAGAACAGUCUGCGUCUCAUAGAUUUUUGCAAGCCAUCCGAGAAAAAACAUCAAAUUUAAUGAAUAAUGAUACAAAGAGUGCCAAUCUAGAAGAAAUCGAUGCUAUACCGAUUAAUAUUGAUAUAAAAGAUGCACCAUGGAAAGGACACGUUCGCUCAUUAGCUGAACAGUUCACUAAUACCCCUCAAUUUUCUAAGAGGACGGUAGAGACAGAAGGAUUAGCUUCUAAGGAAAAUGAAAAUGAAUCGGUAUCCAAGUUGAUUCCACCGGUAACCCCUGACAAGAUUACAAUUGCAAACCAUACUUUGAAAGAUUUGCAAAAGGAAAACAUUCCAAGUGAUAUCAUAAAUGAGAAGGUCGACUUCGACAAAAAGAAUGAGGUUUCCCAACAAAGUGUUCGAGCAGAGACUCUGCAGCCCAAACGUCUACUAACUACUGAUCAUCAAAACACAGAGCCGGAAUCGUAUUUGAUAGAGCGCCUUUCAGAUAGGCUUUACUUUUGCAGAACUGCUAAGCAUUUGCUCCGUGUUUACGAUCUAAGACAUGCUGAGCACCAAUUCGCCCUUGUGUUCGCUAGGUAUCUUAAAGCUCCAAUGGAAAAAAUACUCAACAUUCAAUCGUCUCUUGUAACAUUCUAUGCUUCCCUAUCUGAAAUAGAUUUAUGUGAGGAGCUUAUGCGACGUGACAGGAUUUAUUCAACACCGGACACCCCGGAAGGUUUGAAGUCUUUUGUGAACUUUUUAAAAGAAGACCAUGAAAAUUUCAGUUAUGAUGAAAGAAGCUAUUUAUGUCAAUUAAAAAAGAACAUUCGUCACGAAAAUGAAGACUGGAACGGAAUUGCAGAAGAAAUCAAAAAAAUGGGAAAUUUACGAAGUGUUCGAGCUAAACCACAGAAAAUAGGAAACAAGUUAUUUGCCAAUCCAGAUCUGAAGACGAUGGAUAUACAAGAAACAUUUUUAGAAGAGUUUAUGGAAGAUUCAACCGACGAAGGUGAUGAUGUCUACGAUAUCGAAACAUUAAACAAUUUCGAAUUAAAGUUCGACGACGAUGAAACCCCUACAUCAAGUAUAAAAGAAAAGGACGACCUUAAUGACUACGAGAACAUAAGGUUCUUAAUUCCCCAUUGUGCGGUUCGCGUUUUGCAUAUCCCAAAUGCAUCCUACCUUCCUUUAUUGCAAGUCUGCAGUGAUUCAAGGUUUUCUGAUCCUGCGAAACUUGCUCAUUGUUUAUGGGAUCUGCAACAGAACCAAUUGCUUUCUUAUAAUUUCACCGAUUGGUUUGUAAAUUACUUCUCUAAUAAGAGUGAAGUUUUCUCGAGUUAUCUAUCAUACUAUGAUUUAAAAAAUCUAAGCCUUUACGAGGCUUUUCAAAAGAUUUGUUGCGAUCUCUACUAUGGUUCUGAAGAUUUCUUGAACUCACGAUUAAUACGCAUUUUCGCUAACAAAUGGUUAAGCCAGAACUCGACAUUUGGGUUUUUAACCGAAGAAAUAAUUUUAGAGCUUCUAAAAUCCCUUGUCCGAUUGCACAAAGAAACGAAUACUAGACGUCGAAUGUACAAUUAUACAUCAGCGGAUACAUUUAUCAAAUCAACGUUUCAGACCAUACUGCCCUUAAUCCAUCCUGAAGCAGUAUGUGCGGUUCCUAUUGAGCAAAGACGAAAAUGGAGGAAGUAUGGAAAAUCGAAAACAAUGUUAGCCAAAGUUUUAUGUGCGUCUUGGAAUAGUAUGCCUCAAGAGGUAGGGUUUGCUCUUGAGUGUAUGCUUAAUGAGUUUUACGAUUUGUUUGUUGUCAAUCCAUUCCAAGUACCAAAGGCUGUUUAUGUACAGUUAUGCAACCAAGUGAAAGGUCACGUUAGUCCACAAAGGGAUAAAAUGAAUUUAAUGUCAGAAUUGUUGCGAAGAGCAGAGCCCCAGAAAAAAAUAACGAAUACAGAUAUUGCUAGUGAAAAUGACGCUUUUAAAGAAAAUUCAUCUUAUGUAUUAACAGAAGCAAAUGCUGGUUUUUUCGCAACAAAAACAAUUGAUCUCCCAGAACCAGACGUGAUUGAUGGAAGACCGCAUUUUCAAAUAUUCAACUAUGAGUUUCAUAUGAAAGAAGAGAAAACUCACGAAAAAUUACCGUGGUUGCGUCAGGGCUUGAUAUCGUACAAAAAAGUAAUUCCCGAAAAAAACGGAAAGUGGACAGCUGGACCUUGGUAUAAACGGUUUGCCAAAGUUUCUCAAGGAAAGCUGUAUAUAUACAAGUUAAAUAUGUUUACUUCCGGAGACCUUUCUGAUGCUGAAGUUUGGAUGAAACAUGGAACAAUUCACAAAGAAAUUGAUUUACAAAAUACGAUCGCAAGUGUUGAUGUGCCAUCGUCAUGCACCUCAAGAAGAGAUAAUUGUUUUACACUGAACGUCCCUGGAGAAUGCAGUAUACUUAUUCAAGUAGACAACAUCCUCGUAUUGAAUGAAUGGAUUCAUGCAUUCAACUUUAAUGCUGCAAUGGCGUCCUGUCAUCCACUUCCUGAAAAUAUUACAAAUACCGAAUAUGGUUGGGGUCCGAUUUUACGACGGGCAGAGGAUAAACCCCAUUACACUUCUGCUGAUGGCACAGUUACCUAUGUUGGGGAUUUGGUGGAAAUUCAAAACUGGGAGCCUUCAGAUUUGCAAGGACUACGAGACAUUCCACGCCCACUACGCGAAAAAGUCAACGAUUUCCGUCGCCAUGUGCCUACUCUACUUCAGACCUGUCUGGAAUUUCAAAAUGUGCUUGACAAAAUGCUUAGCUGUUAUGGCACCGGAUCAAAGAAUUACAAAAAAACGCUAUCGAAUUGGAACACAAAAAUGAAGUUUUUAUAUGAAAAAAGCAUAAAGUACAAAGAAUAUCUACAUGUAUUGGAAUGUGAAUACAGUUAUCGAAAAUCCCAUGAUUUUUAUCCUACACUGUCACCCACCAAACACAAGACGAACAUGGAGAUUUAA